CCUGCAAGUCAGUUGUGAUAUUAUUAUAGCAAGACACUGUAACUGAAGUACUGAUACUCUGUUAGUAAUCAACGUACGAAACAUGGCCUCGAAAUCAGCUGUCUUUGUUUUGCUCAUGGUAGUCGUUGCAGUAGCAGCCCCAAUAGCAGUAGCACAAUUGGGGACCGUAGGUCGUCUGCUGGAUCGGAUCCGCAUACAGGGGACUGUGUUUUGCUCUAUCAAUGCCACUGGUACUGCCAGCCCGGUCUUCCCAAAUGCUCAGGUACAACUGCGGUGUGGAAUUGGAGAUGUGGUUUCGAGGGCAACGACGAAUAGGUUAGGAAUGUUCUUGAUGCAGUUCCUUCCCCGACAAACGCUCUCUUCAAUCUUGGCCGAGUGCAAUCUAUUUUAAUCACACUACUCGCCAGGUGCAACGCUGCUCUUCCCGGUGUGGGGGUCUUGCGCUCGCCCUUACAGUUUAUAGGAAACACUACUGUUGGACUUAUUAAUAAUAUCAACAUUGUUCCA